GAUAGGCUCCGCCCACUGUGACCACGCCCCCGCGCGCCCCCGGUAGGCCCCGCAGGCGCGGCGCGGCCCGGCCCGGCCCGGCCAUGCUGGCCAAGAGGAAGCCGGUGCUGCCGGCCCUCAACAUCGCCCCCAGCGCCGCCGAGGGGCCGAGCCCCGACGGCUCCGCAGAGGCAAACCUAGUGGACCUUCAGAAGAAGCUCGAGGAAUUGGAGCUGGACGAGCAGCAGAAGAAGCGCCUGGAAGCUUUCCUCACGCAGAAAGCCAAAGUGGGCGAGCUGAAGGACGAUGACUUUGAGAGAAUCUCUGAACUGGGGGCUGGCAAUGGCGGUGUGGUCACCAAAGUGCAGCACAAACCUUCAGGGCUCAUUAUGGCACGGAAGCUGAUUCAUUUAGAAAUCAAACCAGCCAUCAGGAACCAGAUCAUCCGAGAGCUGCAGGUGCUGCAUGAGUGCAAUUCCCCCUACAUCGUGGGUUUCUAUGGAGCCUUCUACAGCGACGGAGAGAUCUCCAUCUGCAUGGAGCACAUGGAUGGUGGCUCUUUGGAUCAAGUGUUGAAAGAAGCCAAAAGAAUUCCUGAGGAGAUCUUGGGGAAAGUCAGUAUAGCGGUUCUAAGAGGCUUGGCAUAUCUCAGAGAGAAGCACCAAAUCAUGCACAGAGAUGUGAAGCCUUCCAACAUCCUGGUUAACUCUCGAGGAGAGAUCAAGCUGUGUGAUUUUGGGGUCAGCGGUCAGCUCAUUGACUCCAUGGCAAACUCUUUUGUGGGAACUCGGUCCUACAUGUCUCCCGAGCGGUUGCAGGGCACCCACUACUCCGUCCAGUCCGACAUCUGGAGCAUGGGGCUGUCCUUAGUGGAGCUGUCUAUCGGAAGGUACCCAAUCCCCCCGCCAGACUCCAAGGAACUGGAAGCAAUAUUUGGCCGUCCCGUGGUGGACGGGGCAGAGGGAGACUCUCACAGCAUCUCGCCGCGGGCCAGGCCCCCAGGACGCCCCGUCAGUGGCCAUGGGAUGGACAGCCGGCCUGCCAUGGCCAUCUUUGAACUGCUGGAUUAUAUAGUUAAUGAGCCACCUCCCAAGCUGCCCAAUGGAGUUUUCACACAAGACUUCCAGGAGUUUGUAAAUAAAUGCUUAAUUAAAAACCCAGCAGAGCGGGCAGAUCUGAAGAUGCUGAUGAGUCACACCUUCGUCAAGCGCUCCGAGGUGGAGGAGGUGGAUUUCGCAGGCUGGCUGUGCCGAACGCUGCGGCUGAACCAGCCCAGCACUCCCACCCGUGCCGCCGUGUGAGGGGCAGCACAUCAGCCUCCGCCGCCGUUUCCUCUCCUCCCGCAGGCCACACAAGCGCCCUCCCUCCUUCCUCCUCCUCCUCCUCCUCCUCGCAUCCAAGCGGCAAAGCACCAUCGUCCCCUCGGAAGCAUCUCUCGGCCGCCCCGCAGCCGGAGCGGGGUUGGUUCCUAUGGAUGGUGGUUUGGGGCAGGGAGGGGGGGGUUCCAGGCCUGUGCUCCAGCUCCGGAGCUCCUGCCACAUGGGCAAUGCGGUGCUGCUUCUGUUCAUUUUGGUUUGUUUUGGUUUUGAAACAUGGUCCCUUGGGUUCAAAAAAGAAAAGAAUGGGAUGUGUGUGCACACGAGCGUGUGUGUGAGACAGGGCCGGACCUCCACGUCCUCCUGGUAGGGCUCCGACGGGGAGUAAUGAGUGGAGGGGCUGGAGAAACCCUGCCUUGGGUGGCUGGGAAUGGUGUUGCUUUCCCAUCCCUUUCCAAGUGCUGGGGUAGGGGUUAGUGGUUGAGCAGGAGCGGAGCCGUGAGCUCCCUCCUGGCUCUGCUGCGGGUGGAGGAGAGGAGAGAGUUGUGUGUUCUUGUUCAGGGGUUGUGUUAAACCUGU